GGGGGGUGGGUGAGAAUAGAAGACAGAGAAUGUGACUCAAUAUUGAUUUCCACUUGUUUAUGUUGAAAAGUUAAAAAUGCCAAGAUGAAAUAUUUGGUCUUUUCCUCGUGGGAUAUAUAUUUUUUUUUUUAAGGAGCUCUCUGCCCAGUUUGAUUCCAAUUCCUGAAUAAUUCAUAGUCUGUAAAUAGCUUCCUCCUCCUCGGGUAAAUAGAGCCUUUGUCUCCAGUGCUGGGCGAGCUGAGUGAUGCUGCUGGGGGAGAGCAGAGGGGCUCACGGCCGUGUUUUGUGUCUCCCUGCAGAGUUAUGUCAUGCCCAGACCACCACAGGGCUCCAUGAGGAUUUAUGGAAGAUGCUCCGUGUCUUGGCGCCUCUGGUGCUCCUUCUGCUGUGGCUGAUGAGGAUCUGGGCCAGCCCCCAUUCCCUGAGGAUUGCUGCCAUCCUGGAUGACCCCAUGGAGUGCAGCAGAGGGGAGAGGCUCUCCAUCACCCUGGCCAAGAACCGCAUCAACCGCGCGCCCGAGCGGGCGGGCAAGGCCAGGGUGGAGGUGGACAUCUUCGAGCUGCUGAGGGACAGCGAGUACGAGACAGCAGAGACCAUGUGCCAGAUCCUCCCCAAGGGUGUGGUGGGAGUCCUGGGACCUUCCUCCAGCCCAGCCUCCAGCUCCAUUAUCAGCAACAUCUGUGGGGAGAAAGAGGUUCCUCACUUCAAAGUGGCUCCAGAGGAGUUCCUGAAGCUGCAGCUCCAGAGGUUCACCACCCUCAACCUCCACCCCAGCAACACCGACAUCAGUGUGGCCGUGGCAGGAAUCCUGAAUUUCUUUAACUGCACCACUGCCUGCCUCAUCUGUGCCAAAGCUGAAUGCCUUUUAAACCUGGAGAAGCUGCUGAGGCAGUUCCUCAUUUCCAAGGACACGCUGUCGGUGCGGAUGCUGGAUGACAGCCGGGAUCCCACCCCGCUCCUGAAGGAGAUCAGAGAUGACAAGACAGCCACCAUCAUCGUCCACGCCAACGCCUCCAUGUCCCACACCAUCCUGCAGAAGGCAGCUGAACUGGGGAUGGCAUCUGCCUAUUACACCUAUAUCUUCACUAAUCUGGAGUUUUCCCUCCAGCGCCUGGACAGCGUGCUGGACGACCGAGUUAACAUCCUGGGCUUCUCCAUUUUCAACCAGUCUCAUGCCUUCUUCCAAGAGUUUGUCCAGAGCCUCAACCAGUCCUGGCAGGAGAACUGUGACCACGCACCUUUUACUGGGCCAGCACUGUCCUCAGCGCUGCUGUUCGAUGCCGUGUACGCCGUGGUGACGGCGGUGCAGGAGCUGAACCGCAGCCAGGAGAUCGGCGUCAAGCCCCUGUCCUGCGGCUCUGCGCAGAUCUGGCAGCAUGGCACCAGCCUCAUGAACUACCUGAGAAUGGUAGAAUUGGAAGGUCUCACCGGCCACAUCGAAUUCAACAGCAAAGGCCAACGCUCCAACUACGCCCUGAAAAUCCUGCAGCACACCCGUGCUGGCUUCAGGCAGAUUGGCCACUGGCACGUCUCUGAAGGGCUCAGCAUGGACAACAGGAUCUUCUCCUCCAAUAUAUCCGACAGCCUGUUCAACACCACGCUCAUUGUCACCACCAUCCUGGAAAACCCUUACUUAAUGCUGAAGUGGAACCACCAGGAGCUGGAAGGCAACGACCGCUACGAGGGUUUUUGUGUGGACAUGCUGAAGGAGCUGGCGGAGAUCCUGCGCUUCAACUACAAAAUCCACCUGGUGGGGGACGGUGUCUACGGAGUCCCCGAGGCCAAUGGCACCUGGACAGGGAUGGUUGGGGAGCUGAUAGCUCGGAAAGCUGAUCUGGCCGUGGCAGGGCUGACGAUCACGGCGGAGCGGGAGAAGGUGAUUGAUUUCUCCAAGCCCUUCAUGACUCUGGGAAUUAGCAUUCUCUACCGAGUUCACAUGGGACGCAGACCCGGCUAUUUCUCCUUCCUGGAUCCCUUCUCUCCCGGCGUCUGGCUCUUCAUGCUGCUCGCCUACCUGGCUGUCAGCUGUGUCCUGUUCCUGGUGGCUCGGCUGACUCCAUACGAGUGGUACAGCCCCCACCCCUGCUCCCAAGGUCGAUGCAACCUCCUGGUGAACCAGUACUCCCUGGGGAACUCGCUGUGGUUCCCAGUGGGGGGGUUCAUGCAGCAGGGCUCCACCAUUGCUCCCCAGGCUCUGUCCACGCGCUGCGUCAGCGGAGUCUGGUGGGCAUUCACCUUGAUCAUCAUCUCCUCCUACACGGCCAACCUGGCCGCGUUCCUGACCGUGCAGAGGAUGGACGUCCCCAUCGAGUCCGUGGAUGACCUUGCUGACCAGACCACCAUCGAGUACGGCACCAUCCACGGCGGCUCCAGCAUGACCUUCUUCCAAAACUCCCGCUACCAGACGUACCAGCGGAUGUGGAACUACAUGUACUCCAAGCAGCCCAGCGUCUUCGUGAAGAGCACGGAGGAAGGGAUCGCGCGCGUGCUGAACUCCAACUACGCCUUCCUGCUGGAGUCCACCAUGAACGAGUAUUAUCGGCAGCGCAAUUGCAACCUCACGCAGGUCGGGGGCCUUCUGGACACCAAGGGCUACGGGAUUGGCAUGCCCGUCGGCUCCGUUUUCCGGGACGAGUUCGACCUGGCCAUCCUCCAGCUGCAGGAGAACAACCGCCUGGAAAUCCUGAAGCGCAAGUGGUGGGAAGGAGGGAAGUGCCCCAAAGAGGAGGACCACAGAGCCAAAGGCUUGGGAAUGGAGAACAUUGGUGGAAUCUUCGUGGUGCUCAUCUGUGGAUUAAUUGUAGCAAUUUUUAUGGCAAUGCUGGAAUUUUUGUGGAGCCUUCGACACUCUGAACAGUCGGAGGUGUCGGUGUGCCAAGAGAUGGUGACGGAGCUGCGCAACAUCAUCCUGUGCAAGGACAGUUUCCACCCCCGUCGGAGGCGAGGGGGGGUGGUACGGACUCGCCCCGCUCUGCCCGAGGAGCGCCGAGCCCGCAGCACAACCACGCUCAGCAACGGCAAGCUGUGCAGCGGGGGAGAGCCAGACCCCCUGGCACAAAGACUGGCCCAAGAGGCCGCCCUGGUCGCCCGGGGCUGCACCCACAUCCGCGUGUGCCCCGAGUGCCGCCGCUUCCAGGGGCUCCGGGCGCGGCCGGCCGUGGGGUCACCGGCGCGGAGCGAGGAGAGCCUGGAGUGGGACAAGGCCACCAACAGCAGCGGGCCCGAGUAAUGCCGGGCCCGGGGGAGGGACGAGAGGGUCCUGUUCCAUUUUACAGAACACGGACUUGUACAAUGUCAACUCGUUUUUAAAUCAAUAGCAGUUACCCGGCUUCUCCAGAGCAAGGUG